ACCUACUGAUUGAAAAAAAUAUUGAGUGCUGUGUUGUAGAUUGAAUAACUUUAAUGUAUUUAUAGAAUUAAUUCGAUCUAACUAAUCGAUUGAAAAAACUCGACAGCACAAAUAAAAAUAAAAAAAUACUUUUGUUGUCGUGGUUGUGUUUUUUUAUAUAGGCGACAUCUCUCUUUGUCAGUUGCGUGGGUUUUAUCUAUUCGCAUUCUCCCCAGAGAAAUUUAUAAUUCAAAAGGUUCGGUCGUUGAACUAACAACCCCUUUCGUUAUUACUUUAUACGAAAUGCUUUUGAGUGAUGUACAGUUUUCCAUUAGUCAGUUUAUGCGUGCAUCGUCAUGUGCAACCCUUUCUGCGUAAAUGACACUGUCGCCGUGCUCUCGUGUUCAGUCCAUUUGACCGACAGCGGCAAAAGGCUGCAACCGCCGUGUGUACUUACCUAUUAACCUACCCAUAAAAUGUGUUAUAUGUAUUACACCGAACGCUUGGUCGUCUCUAGGGACAAUGUAUAAAUAUAUUAUACUGUCUCUACCACCGAACAGAUCGUAGCAGUAAGACACAAUAUUAUACGUCUUUGGACGUUCUCCUUUUCACUGUAAGCAUCAUACCUACUAUUUUUUUUUAAAUAAUAUUAUAUUUAUAUGUUGUGUGCAUGGUACGCAUAACGAUCAACAGGACAACGAUUCGCACAUCCGUCUCACUAUUAUAUAUUUACCUACCUAGCUGUUUAUCAUAAAUGUAUUUGAGAUUAUUUAUUUUUAUUAUCACCUAUUGUUUUUGUUUUCGAUUUUUUAUUUAGCUUUUUUUUCUCGCAUGACCCGCGUUUUUAUGUUGGAAGAAUGUUUCAUUUUGAUUUGUAUCGUCUUGCCGAGACUUUGAAACACGAGUGUGGUAUACCAGGUGUCUGCAGAACAGUGAUGCAGCGGGGCCCAGCCCAAUUGAGUUCCGUGUCAGACCUGUACGUUAGCGACGAAAUAUCGGUUCUGCUCGAAGAGAUCCACGACUUGGAACCGAAGGGUAAUAUCGCUCCCAUCGACGACGAACAAGAGUUCGAGAUCAACGGCAGCCAGACGGGAGGCUCGUGGCUGGAAGUGACCAACAGCAUGGCGGGUACUCCGGGAUCAUGGGAUUCGCACGCCAACUACAAACAUCAGGAGGCGUCUAGGGCCAGGUACAACGGGGUGGUGUUGCACUACGACAAAAGGCCAAUGAAGACACCGUCAGGCGUCAUCCGAGUUCUACUUUUGGUCACCUGUGUCUUGUGCCUGUUAUGCCUGUGCUUUGCCGGCACUUCCAGGUUGGCUUUGUUCAUGUUACCAAUGCUUAAUCGGAUACGGUUCAUACUGUUUGUCACAUUGUUCAAUUUUCUAGUGACUGGAGCUAUUCUUUUUUUGGACGUCACGCACACCGUAUACCUAUUCCCGUUCAACUGGGGAAAAUUGAAUGUACUGUUCUACGUCAUGAUGACUAUAUUGUGUCUCACGAGCUCCUCGCUAGUCCUUCAUCAAGUAUAUUCAUUCCAUGAAUUUUAUACGUGGGUACCACGUGCUACGCGCCAUCAAUUGCUUGUUGCUGCAGCUUUAGGUUAUUUGUGUGCUCUGGAAACAUUGUUGCUGGCCUUGCUGAGUCGCUGUGAUGGUUUAGGCGGCCUACAUUACCGCCAAGUUAAAGAUGAUAUGACUAGUCCCCCAAAUACAUUGGCUCUGCGUCAAAGAAUUCCACCACCGCCCACUGUAGUAUAUUCACCAUCACCGUCUCCUUCAUUUUGCUUGCGAUCCAUCAACCCCAAAUCAUAAUCAUUAAAUAUGUACCUAUGAAACAAAUAUUUCACCCAGAAACUUACAAAAGUUUCAACUAUAAACUACUUUCCAUA